AUGAAGCGUACCAGAGAGCACUCCUCAAAUGACCCGGCAGCUCCGUCGCCUUCCCGCCCUCGGACAAGUCAACCACUUCAACGCCCUGCCUUUGGCUUGCCUCUGAACUGGAGGCCUGAGCGGUCCUAUGGCCCGAAUCAGAAAUUUUACUUUCCGAACGCAGUUGCAGAAUGGAGCGCCAUCGAGGCCACCCUCCGCGAGACUUCAAUGCUUGCUGUCAUGAACCUCUUGACAGACAAGGACGAAUGGAGACGGAAAGUUUUUGAUGAAUCCAUCGUAGAACAUUGGAGAAAGGAUGCCGUGACAACAGAGGGCCAGGGCUUCUCCGAUGAGAUGUUCGACUUUUGUAUCGCGGAGCUGCGAGACAAAGCUAAGGAGCACGAAAGCACUGGCAUGGUAGUUCUUUUUGAUCAAGAAGCUGCCGCAGUCAAGUCAGACUCGAUAGUCCCGUCUGAGCUCAAAGAAGAACUCCAGGCCGUCGCAAAACUACUUGAGGAUGUCCCGGAAAAAGACAAAGAUUGGCAUCCCAACUCUGACAAUCAGGUUCUUGACCUUGUCCAUCCUUCUCUCUUUCCCCUUAUCAACGAAAUCAUCCCGACUCCAUCUGACGAUGAGGCCUAUGAGAAUAUAGGCUCCUCCAACGUGGGCGGAUCUCCUCCGCUCUGGUCCAAAAAGUACCAGUGGCUUCCCUCUGAAGUCCGCUUCGAUGGCGACGCCGACGUCAAGAUAACCAGCUACAUCAACAAUCUUCACCCCGUGCUCCACAGAAAUAUUUAUCCAGUCCUCGAGAAGCUCAUUGCUAAAGCCAUUCCUGCGUGGUCACUGGCCCUCGGUAUUGUGAAGGCAAGAAGAUACAAGUGGCGAGAAGACAACCUCCGAAUCCCCUGUCCGCACGGCGCCACCUACGAAGAGGUCUGGCCAGAAAAACAGAAGAAGCCAGCCAGGCCAGCCGCCGGUGAUACGCCCUCCGAACAAGACCUCGGUUCGCAAGACAGCGACGACGAAGAUUACGAGGACAGCGAAGAAGACGACUACGUCGCCUGGCGUGAGGCACACCGCAAGCUCGUCCUCCCACAACCGCGGGCUUACCGCCCCACGCCCUCUCCGGACUACGACUUGCGCCGCGAGUUCGCCGCCCAGGGCCUGCAGGUCAUUGUCAAGCUCGCCAACAUCCACCUGAUGCCGUCCAACCCCAGCUACGCCGGCGGCUCCUGGCACGUCGAGGGCUGCCUGAACGAGCGCAUCUGCGCCACGGCGCUGUACUACUACGAUGAGCAGAACAUCACGACCUCGCGCCUCGCCUUCCGCCAGCGCAUCAGCACCGACUCCUUGUACUUCAACAAGACCGCCGGCCAAGACGACUACGGCGGAAUCGAGUAUCUGUACGGCAUCGAGAGCGAUGGACCUGCCAUUCAAAGUGUGGGGAAAGUCGAGACGAGGGAAGGCCGCUUGCUCGCGUUUCCGAAUGUGUGGCAGCACUGCGUCGAGCCGUUUGAGUUGCGCGACAAGACGAUGCCGGGGCAUAGGAAGAUCGUGGCGUUGUUCUUGGUCGAUCCGUAUCAGAGGGUUAUUUCGACGGCGAACGUGCCGCCUCAGCAGAAGGAGUGGUGGGGGAGGGAGGUGCGCGGGAGCGGGGUGUUGGGAAAGCUGCCCGAGGAGCUGGUGCAGCAGGUACUGGAUGAGGUGGAUGACUGGCCGAUCGGGUUGGAGGAGGCCAAGGAGGUGAGGCUCGAUUUGAUGAAGGAGAGGAGGGUGUAUCAGGAGGGCGUUCAAGCGAGCUUGGACGAGGCGACCUUUAACUUCUGUGAGCACUGA